GUGUUGGUAAUGAUAGCGGUUUAUAAUAAUUAUGAUGUUUAUUACUAUGCUUUCAGAUAAUACUAUUAAUUAAAACAAUAAUAACAAGGGACGUCUUAGUCAUCUAGUGCUGUUAUAAGAGAAAUAGCACACGUGGAUGGCUUCAGCAGACAGAAGUUUAUUCUCUCACAGUCUAGUAGGCUAGAAGUCCAAAUUGGGGGCAUCAGCUCCAGGGUAAGGCUUUCUCUUACUGUUGGCUCUGGAGGGAGUCCCUUGUCAUCAAUCUUUUUCUGGACUAGGAGCUUCUCAGUGCAGAAACCCCAGAUACAAAGGAUGUGCUUUUCUCAUGGCUCUUGCUUCUUGGUAGUAUGAGGUCCCCACAUCUCUCUCUUCAUUUCUCUCUUUUAUAUCUCAAAAGAGACUGGCUUAAGACAAUCUAAUUUUGUAGAUCUCAUCAACAUAACUGCUGCUGAUCCAUCUCAUUAACAUCAUAAUGAUAGGAUAUUUGCAAUACAUGGGAAAAUCACAUCAGAUAACAAAAUGGUGGACAUUCACAUAAUACUGGGAAUCAUGGCAUAGCCAAAUUGAGACAUGUUUUGGGGGGACACAAUUCAAUCCAUGACAAGGAAUAAGAACCUGAAAGAUGGAACAUUUAAAUAGAAAUAAGAAUAUAAAGGAUAGAUUUUGAGGAACACCUGAAAAUGAAAAAGCUUAGUUGAGUCAUGGGAUUGAACUCCUGGCCAGCUCCCUCAGCAGAGCAUGGUGAGCCAGGUCGCCAUCUCCUCUUGAGGUACAUCAAAUCUGUUCUUCCCUGAAUAUGAAUUUAUUAUACAUGGGCCACAAUGGUUGAUGCUCUAGAACAGUGAACCUCAAAGUGUGAUCCCCAGACCAGCAACAGUAGCAUUUGAGAAAUGGUUAGAAAGAAAAAUUUUAGAGCCUUAGACCCCAAAUUCUGAAUUCAAUACUCUGAGGGUGGGGCUUAACAAGUUCUUCAGCUGAUUCUGAUGAAAAGAGGCAUUUGAGAACCACUGCUCUAAAAACAUAGAUGUAGAGUUUGUUUUUAUGCUAGUUUGAAGGCUUAGGAAAAUUCUCAAGGAAAAAGCCAUGUAUUUUUUUUCUACUUUAUGGCUGUUAGUUGGCACAACGUGAAAAAAUAGUAGAUAUACAAUAAACACAAAGAUACUACCUAUUUGCUCAGAGAGUAAAGGAUCUUUAAAACCAGGGAGAGCACUUGUGUCUUUAUUCAGGUGAAAGAUUUUUGGAAGAUGUGGUGAUGGAAGAGAGAGAAGAAUAGAGAGAAAACAGGAGGGAGGAAGGUAGUAUUCACUUAGUUUCACAAUAUAGAUGCUAGAAUUUCUCUGAAAUACACAAUUCUUGUAAAUCUGUUAUAUGUUCUAUCACUUCUAUCAUCAGACUCAUCAACAACAUGGCAUCAGAAAACCAAACUGGUGUAACAUCAUUCUUCCUCCAGGGGCUCUCAGAGGAUUCAGAACUGCAGCCCCUCCUCUUUGGACUAUUCCUCACCCUGUACUUUGUCACUGUGUUGGGCAACCUGCUCAUUAUCCUGGCCAUCAGCUCAGACUCUCACCUCCACACCCCCAUGUACUUCUUCCUCUCCAAGUUGUCCUUCACUGACAUCUGUUUCGGCACCACCACAGUCCCCAAGAUGCUGGUGAACAUCCAGACACAAAGCAAGUCCAUCAGUUACACAGGCUGCCUCACCCAGGUUUGCUUUGUUCUGAUGUUUGCAGGUGUAGAAAAUUUUCUCCUUGCAGCAAUGGCCUAUGACCGCUAUGUGGCCAUCUGCCAUCCACUGAGGUACACAGUCAUCAUGAACUCCUACCUCUGUGGCCUGCUGAUUCUCCUCUCCUUGUUUAUUAGUUUGGUGGAUGCCCUGCUACACAGUCUGAUGGUGCUCCAUCUGUCCUUCUGUGCAGACCUGGAAAUCCCUCACUUCUUCUGCGAACUUGCUCAGGUCAUCAAACUUGCCUGCUCCAAUACCCUCAUCAAUGACAUCCUGGUAUAUUUAAUAACUAGCAUAUUGGAUAGUGUUCCUCUCCUUGGGAUUAUUUUCUCUUACAUUAAAAUUGUCUCUUCCAUUCUGAGAAUGCCAUCAGCUGGGAGAAUGUAUAAAGCUUUCUCCACCUGUGGGUCUCACCUGUCAGUGGUUUUCUUAUUCUAUGGAACAGCUUUUGGAGUCUACAUUAGUUCUGCAGUUACUCAUUCUUCCAAAAACUUAGCAGUAGCCUCAGUGAUGUACACUGUGGUCCCUCCAAUGAUGAACCCCUUUAUCUACAGCCUGAGGAACAGAGACAUGCAGGGGGCCUUGCAGAAACUCUUCUGGAGAACAUCUUCUUUUUCUUAGUUGUAUCAUCUGCCUUAGGCUUGUGCUUCUAUAAUAAGUCAAAGUGAAAGAAUACUUGGUGAAUCAGAAUGUUAGAAUCUUCCAGUAACAAGUUUUUUUUUUACAUUGUGAUAAUAUUUUUAUUAUUAAUUUUAAAUAAUUUUUACAUAUGUGUGUGCAUAUUU